AGCAGCAAACGUUCCCCACAUAUUAAUAAUUGGUCAAAUAUAUUUUCCUCACUUUUUUUUAUAUAAAUUAUUUAUAUACCUCUGAUUUUCUUGUGUUUAUCAUCUCCAUUGAUGAACUAAAACAGAACAACAACCACAGAUGAUCUCUUCCACCGCCACACCGACCUCCCUGACUGCAAAAUGUUCAUCUUUUCAUCUUACACCCCUAAAUGUUCUCUAGAAAAACAGAUAAAACAAUUAAGUGGUCUGAUACUGAUAUACCUUUUAAUGAGCUUCAUUUCACACGUGAUAAUUGAGUAGUGUUAACUUUUCUUGAAAAUUAAGUUAGAGAUUAGCAUGGGUUCAGAUUUUUUUAUUAGAUAUUUUGGUAUAUUUUCUGUUCAGAUUUUUUUAUUAGAUAUUUUGGUAUAUUUUCCGUUUGAACAUUGAUGUUGAUAUUUUCUGUUUCUCUCGAAAAGCACUGUAACACAUCACCACCUUCCUCUGUUUACCAUUAAACAAGGCAUCAUGUAGAACAGACCCUAAAUAUUUUUUUUCAUUUUGAACACAAAUGGUAAAGCAGACUUUUCAAGGCCUCACAUCACACUAGCUAAAGUCAAGACAAUUUUAAGUAAAACGUGGUGUCAGUGUGUGAAGGCAGAAUAGGUUCCUAUAGUAUAAUUAAGGCUAAGUUGAGAAGGAUAAGCCGGCACAGUUUCUCUUUCUAUAUAGAUGCAUUUAUACACGUAUAAUGUAUGAUUCAAUUGCAUCUUCCAAUCACUCUCCUUUGAACUCUAUCUCUUUCUCCAAUCCCCUUCUCUGAAAACUCACUUCAGCUUCCACAUGGGAGAAACUCAAGAAGUGCAACACCCCCAUGAAACUAGUUUCACCAUCCACAUGGGAGAAUCUCAAGAAGUGCAACUUAGCAAAAUUGAAACACAAGAACUGCAACACUCCCCAGAAACCUUUUUCACCAUCCACAUGGCAGACCCUCAAGAAGUGCAUCUCAGGAAAAUUGCUUCUGGAAUAAACAACUUGAAAUAAACAGAAUCAUUGAACGUGAUGAUCUAUGUCAUCAACCACAACCUAGGCUGAGGUGGUAUUGUUGAUGGAAUUGUUUUGGUAGAGAUAGUUACUGAGCUGUAACAAGAUAAUACUUCCCCCAAUAAACAAAAUUAAAAGAUAACGUUACCUACUCUUUGAUGAGGCCUCACGUUUUGAUUAUACUAUAAAAUACUAGGAUCUGUUAGAUUUGAAUUUUUUUUUUCUAUGUUUAUAUCGAAGUUAGUUUAUCCUUAUUUUUCUUGUUUACGAAUAGUUAUACAAAGACUUAAUAAACCAACCUUUUCCAAAUCUGUACAAACAGGAAUGCAUUUUAUAAUUAUUCAUCGAGACAGAAAACAAAAACUAAACAUUUUCUAAUGACAGACAAUGUUAGCUUCAGGAGGAUAGAGAUGCAAAACGUCCAAUUAUAUCUCAAUCAAGACACAAUUCUUGUCCAUGCCAACUGGUUAAGAAUGAAACACAAGCACCUUGAUACUUUUCUGUAAUCAACCAACAAAAACAAUAAUAGAUAUAAUAUCAAAGGUUGUUCAUAUCAAAGGAACUCUUCUACUACCUUGAUAGUAGUAGAAGAAGAAAAUGAGUUUACAUAUCAAAGGAACUCUGCUUCUGAGGAAGUGACUUCUUUUGAAACAAAUCAGAAGCAUACAUAACAGCUUUGCCAAUCUAUUAUCAUAUAUUGUGUACGUUUAUGUAGUAAUAAUUUGGUAUGUUUUUCUUUAAGCUAACGAAGUAAAAGAAACACAUUUCUUGGAGGACAAUAGUUUUCAUGGUCCAAUGAAUGAGUCAGCAAUGAGUAGGAAAAAAAUGUAUUACCGUUGGUUCAGAAUAGUCAUCCAUUCUGCACUUGUGUUGGUGUGUGGAUCAGCUGCGACACUCCUUGGAAGAUUGUACUAUGAAAAAGGUGGAAAGAGUAAAUGGAUGGGAACACUUGUUCAACUUGGUGGUUUCCCUAUAUUGCUUCCUUAUUACUUCAUCACAGCACCCAAAAAUUUGACCACAAACAACAGAAUUCAUCCAAAUCAGCCAUCUGCUACAAUGCUAGCAUUUGUCUAUGUCUCAAUUGGCCUGCUUCUGGCAUUAGGUUGUUAUUUAUAUUCAGUUGGGCUAUGGUACCUUCCUGUCUCAACCUAUUCACUCAUUUGCUCAUCCCAGUUGGCUUUUAAUGCUUUAUUCUCAUACUUCCUCAAUUCACUCAAGUUCACACCUUACAUAGUAAACUCUUUAGUCCUUCUUACCAUUUCCUCUACCCUUCUUGUAUUUCAAAACGAGUCAUCAUCAGAUGAUUCAGGUUCCACACAAAUAUCCAAAAAAAAGUAUGUGAUUGGAUUCAUAGCCACAGUUUGUGCAUCAGCAGGGUAUGGACUGUGGCUUUCCCUCACUCAGCUGGUGUUCAAGAAGGUUAUAAAAAGGGAAACAAUGAAAGUGAUCAUGGAUAUGAUAAUAUACACGUUCCUUGUUGGAACUUGUGCUAUUAUAGUGGGACUUUUAGCAAGUGGAGAAUGGCAUGGUUUGAAGAAUGAAAUGAAGGAAUAUGAGACGGGGAAGGCUUCGUAUGUUCUGAACCUCACUUUCACAGCCAUAUUUUGGCAACUCUUUACAAUUGGUUGUUUGGGGCUUACCAGUGAGGUUUCUUCCCUCUUCUGUAAUGCCAUAACAGUUUUGAGAGUGCCUCUUGUUCCAAUGUUGGCAGUGAUAUUCUUCCAUGACAAAAUGCAUGGAAUUAAGGUUAUCUCUAUGAUGCUAGCUAUUUGGGGAAUUAUAUCAUAUUUGUAUCAACAGUACAUUGAUGAUACCGAGUCCAAAAACAGAAGCACCAGUCAUGAUCCAAAAGCUUCUGCAUCACUGGAAGGGGUUCAUAAAUCAGUUACGUAGCCUUUUCAACUAGAUAUGGACGCACCAGUUUGUAGGUGUAAAUCACUUCUCAACCAAUGUAUCAAAUUUGGCUGAAUGCCUUCAUCAUUAUCAUCGGAAGAAUCCCAUUUAUAUAAGAAAACUUCACCUGUAGUUGUACAAUGAAACCUUGUUUAAUGCAUAAGUAGUUCAUUACUAUUUAAAACUGUGUUUAUUGAUGAAAUGAAACAGUAAAUCAACUAAUUAUACGGUAGAAAAUUAUGGAGGAAACGGUAAAUAAUAAAUAAAUCAGGGAUUUUGGAAAUUGUUUUACAAGUUCAACUUGUACUUAACUUGAUAUAGACCCACCAGUUUCUGCAGGUGUGAAAUUGAUUAAUGAAAUUGCUUGCAAAGAGAUUAUUAGAACUCAGGAAUAUGGCACAGUCUCUGAGAACUGCACAGUCAUUUCUUAGUUCCCCUUUGUAUUUAUUUAACUUACCAUGUCAUCAUUA